AUGCUGCACACGAGGACCCUCGCCGUCGCUGCAGCAUCGCCUAUUCUCGUUGAAAAUGUCUUACCGUCUUGGUUGCUUCGCGCGUCUAGCAGCCAUGUUGUGUCAAUGCGUUCCAUUGGUGACCGUGCCCUUUAUCGUGGUCAAAUAUCACGUGAGAUCAUGCUCGAAAAUUACCAGAAGAUACGUGAAAAAUACAAGUCUAAGAAACUUCCCCAAGACGUGAAUCCGAAAGGAGUAUUUUCUUGCAAUGAGCUUGACUUGAAAGAAGUCCAAGUAUAUGGAUUUGAUUAUGAUUACACUUUGGCUUGUUACAAGCCAUCCAUGGAUUAUUUACUGUACAAUCUUGGACGUGAUAUGCUCAUUCAAAAAUACAAGUACCCCGAGGGAAUCACCAACCUCGAGUACAAGAAGGAUUUCGCUGUUCGUGGCCUCCAUUAUGACAUCGAAAAGGGUCUGCUACUAAAACUCGACAGCUUCUUGCAAAUUCAAUUUGGCACCGUUUAUCGCGGUUUACAUCCAGUACCCGACGACGAGGUCCUUAGACUCUAUAAAAACCGGAUAAUACCGAUCGCCUAUGUGGAAGCACCACAUAAACAUUCUCAUGAGACGUUGCACCGGACAAAAAUGGUUCAAUUGGCUGAUUUAUUUUCGGUACCAGAAAUGGGUCUUCUAUGUAACGUCACGGAAUAUUUCCUUAGAAAUCAUAUCGAUUAUCAUCCUGAAAUACUUUUUAGAGACGUAAAGAACUCUGUACAAAGUUGUCAUCCUAUAAUGCAUGGAAUGGUAGUAAAAAAUGUUUCCGAAUAUUUGGAACAAAAUAGAGAUUUGAAAAGAUUUUUUGAUCGACUUAAAAGAGCUAAUAAAAAAAUGUUUCUAGUAACCAAUAGUCCCUUCCAUUUUGUUGAUAUUGGAAUGAAAUUCUUGGUUGGUGAUGAUUGGAAAGAUUAUUUCGAUGUAGUAAUAGUACAAGCAAGAAAACCAAAAUUCUUUACAGAAGAAUCUCGACCUCUUAGAAUAUACGAUGAAAUUAAUAAAACACAGCUAUGGGAUCGAGUUACUAAACUUGAAAAAGGAGUUAUCUAUCUUGAAGGCACAGUUAAACAAUUACAAGAUAUGACCGGAUGGCAAGGACAUCAAGUAUUAUAUUUUGGAGAUCAUCCUUAUAGCGAUCUAGCGGAUGUAACUUUGGAACAUGGUUGGCGAACUGGAGCUAUUAUUAAAGAAUUAACGCAUGAAAUUGCAACGUUAAAUAAUCCAAAAUUUAAAGAAAACGCAAAUUGGUUACAAAUGCUAACAGGAUUAAUUGAAGAACAUCAAGAUUAUGAAGGGCCAGAUGUACAAACGAUACUCAACGAAUGGAUCGAGGAAAGAGAUGAAUUAAGAAACGAGAUAAAACGAGUAUUUAAUAAACAAUUUGGAUCUGUGUUCAGAACAUAUCAUAAUCCUACAUAUUUUUCAAGAAGACUUUUCAGAUUUGCCGAUAUUUAUAUGAGUUCAAUUACGAAUCUGUUAGAAUAUUCAACAAGUCAUACUUUUUAUCCAAGAAGAGGUGUAAUGCCACAUGAAUAUACAAGUUAUUUCGUAUAAUAUAUAGUUCUAAUAUUUAGAUUUUUAAUUAGAAGCAUCAAAUGCUUUAAAAUGUGAUAGAAAUGAAUCAAAAAUAUUUUAAUUGAAAAUUCUAGAAGACAUAAAAAUAUAAAAAAAAAAAUAAAUAUUUAAAACGCAUUUGCGUUUUAUGUAGAUAAAAAGAGAAUAUUAGACUGCUUAAUACGUUAACUUUGCGAAGAAGUAUGUUGUUACAUAUAACUUAUAUAUGGAUAAUUUUGUUUAGAUAAAAUACUAUAAUUGAUUUAUUAAAAAAUUCCAUUACAAAGAUUCAAAAUAAAUAAAUCUAUGUACAUUAUGUUUACAGGUAUUGUUUAAAAUAUCUAAAAAUUUUGCAAAAAAAAUAAAAUGGUAAAAAAAAAAAAAAAAAAAGCUACGUAAAACAAAAAAUAUACUACACUUUCAGGAUUAAAAACUAUUUGAUUAUUUUUUUCUUUAUGGUAAAUAGAUACAAGUAAUUUAUUCAGGUACAAAAUUCAUUACACUAAUUGUAAGUGUUAAAAAUAAUAUUCAUUAUCAAAUCGCAAUAUAUAUGUACUAUAUAAUAUUGUAAAACAGCCAUAUGAAAAUUGUUCUAUAUUUUGUAACAAAGUACAAUGAUAUAUAUGAUAAGAGAAUAUAAAAAUUGAAGUUAAUAGGAUUGUUUCUAAUAACUGUGAUUUUAAUUUCAAAUAUAAAAUAAUUCUUUUAUAUUUACUACCUAAAAUAUUUUUGCUGCUAUGAAAAAUAGGAGUCUUUUUAUUUUUUAAGUAUUCAUUUAUUUUAAUUUCAAUCUUUUUCGCAAAAUAAAAAAUAUUUUCUUAUAAUAGCACUUAUAAUAUUCAGUAGAAAAGUAUAUCAUAUAAAAGUUAUGUAAAUUAUCUAAAAAAUUUUUGUGAAUUUGAAAUUUCUGAAAAAGUUAACUAACUAUGAGGAAAUCAUUCCUUUAAUUAUAAUAUAUAAAUUGAUCCAAGAUGUUUUAUUUUUUAUUAUAAAGUAAAAAUUUUUGAAAAUAAAAUAAAAAAAUAUUUUACAUAUUAAUGUUGCUUAGUUUAAUAUUUAUAUUAUAUGCAAAGAGAAUAUAUAUAUAUUUACAUUGAAUUAUAUUAUAUUAUAAUUAAUAUAAAAAAGAAAAGUUGUUAAUAUUUUGUUUAUCAGAAUGGAAUAAUAUUUCUUUUGUUUCGAUAACGAACUUUUGUUUAAAUGCAAAUGUGUUCAAAUGUAUAUGAAUGAUCUGAUUAAUCAAUAAAAAUCAAUUAAUCCAAAA